AAGAUAUUGAAGGCUGGAUAUCUUCCGCGAACCGCGACGUCAAGGUCAUGAAGAAGUCCUACAAUCCGUUUGAUGAAGAUGAGCCUGGUAGUCUUACUUCUUCCUCUAGACUACCAGCUUGGCCUCACGUAGGAACCUCGUUGUCCAGUGGAAGUGAACUGCAAUGUCAAAUUUCAGAGAGUCAGUCAAGGACAAAAGCUAGCCAGCAACGUGCCUUGUCAAGUAUUUAUAAUUCAGAACAAAUCGGUGUCGCGGCGGCCCAAGAACUUAUUGAACAGGGAGAGAAGUUAAGUCGUGCUGAACAAAAGCUUGAAGAAAUCAGUGAAUUACAGAAAGAUAGUCAGAAGAAAAUCAAUACUUUAUCUAGUGUUUUCGGUGGAUUUAAAAACAUUUUUUCUCGAAGACAAUCACAACCUGUUCCUCAAGCAUCCUCAGCAGUGGACAAGAUGCCAGAUAACAGAACUCAAAGUAACCUGAGACAAUCAAUCCAGUGUGAAAAUUCCUGGGGUACUAAAUAUACCAGUGCAUUGCAACAAAACAUGAUUGAACCUAACAAUAUUUCAAAAUCUGCAGAUAUUGAAUUUGAAAAUAAUUUAUCAUUAAUGGGUGAUGGCAUGUCUCGAUUAAAAAGUUUAGCUCAAGGAAUGAAUAAUGAAUUAAAAAUUCAAAAUGAUCAACUUGAUCGAAUGGCACCGCAAAUUCACCGAGUCACUGAUACUAUGUCAAAUCAAAAUCGUCAAAUGAAUAAAUUGUUAGGAAUUCGGCCAAAAUAAACUCUUUCAUUAUUAUUUUUUCUGUUUUGUUUUUUAAUUUUUACUGUGAUUUCACUCAUUCUUUCGAACUGAGCUAUUAGUACCAGCCAGAACUGAUUGAUACAUUGCCGGUCUUGUUAUAAUGGGUCUUUCAUUCGAAGAAACAUUGAUUUCUAUGAGUGUCUAACUUUUUUUUCUUUCGUCAGCUUAUACCAACUGAUUACAACAACAUGUACACAAUUUGUUAUUUAGUAGUUUGUUUUGAUUGAUCUAUUGUGAUUCUUUUUUUAAAAAAAAACAACUUAUCAAGAUGCAUAUACUUUUCGUACAUAAAGGAUAGUAAGUUAUUUGGUUGAACUAUAGAGAUUUCUGUUAAAUGCUCUCAGUAUGAUUGGACAAUUUUUGUAUGUGGAGGAUUGGUGAAACAAACAACUGUUUAUUCCAAUUUUAAUGGAAACAUUGUAGAAUAAAGAAGCGAAUGGUUGUUGAAAUACUAAUGAACAAAAUCUUAAUGCAAAUAUGUUGAAUAUCCAAAAAUUGGCAAAGUUGCAAGAAAUAAUUUCAAUUAUGUUGUAAUCAACCAUAUUUCAGUGUAUUCAAACAGUGUUGUGUAAAUUGACAUUCCAAUCUUUUGUAUCAAUUGUAAGCUUAGAAUAAAUAAAUCACCUCAAGC